AUGUCAAUUUACAGCAGGAGUUCACCUAAGACCGUCGUCCCAGCUUCUGACCCUGGAGUCCCUGCAACAGCCUCAACAGGCCUAAAAACGUCACUCUUAUCGACGGAACCCAGUCAAAACAAUGCCAUCCUCGCCAUUCCCACUUCUGCGCCAACAACAUCCUCAGGGGCUGGUGGUGAAUCGGUCGGUGACACCACCUCCGUGGGCGAAGUGUCUGCUCCACACUUUGGAGAUGCAACCAGUGAUCUGACCGUUAGCACACUGAGCGACAGUUUCCCCUUGGACAUCCCCGCAAUUCAGCGAACGGAACCAAGAAGUUUACGAUUCACCUGGACAGUUGAAGUCGUCAGCAACAGCGAUCCUUUUGAACUUGUCGAAGAAAUGAAACGCGUCCUACAUGAACAUGGUUGUAAAUGUCGUCAACUGGAAACCUUUUUACUUGCCUGUCAGUACGGCGAUCCCGGUACCGAUGUCUGUGUGCAAUGGGAGAUGGAGGUGUGCCGGUUGCCUCGUUUGUCAUCAAACGGCUUGCGUUUCAAGCGCAUUUCCGGGAGAUCCACGGAGUAUCACGGAAUCACUUCAAAAAUCGUCGAAGCAUUAAAAUGAUGCCCACAUACUUGUGCUUCUUUCGUAGUCAGAUCUGUUACUUGCGGGCCUCGGUCUCUCAUUUGGCUUGUACGAGGCCCUUCACAUGCGACACCGGAUCUCCUUCGUCUGCGAACAUUCUUCCGCAAUGGUAUUUUCCGUAACACAACCUUGAAUUUGCGAAUUUGUCGGCUGACUACCUCCCCUGCCCCUUCUCCCAACUGGUUGUAAGUUUCCUUGUGUACUUUCUUUCCUUCUUCCCUCUGUUUCAUUUGGUCGAACCUGCCCCGCAGUUAUGUAAAUUUUCAGACUGCCGCUUUUGAGCUCUGCACACAAGUGCCGACUACAUUUUCUAUCUGAAAAUCCCUCUAUUCUGUGCGGCCUCGCGUCCCACUGGCAUUCUCAUCUCUUGUGGCAUAGCUCGCCCGUUUAUUUUAUCGUUCUGUAGCGCUCGUGCGCGCAGAGAGGACGAGAAUACUGCUGACUUUCAUUUUUCAGUGCGGAAUCACUAAUUUCAUUCCCCGUGUUUGUGUCGAGGGCCUCCUCGAAUUUUAGAGUGAUGCCUUAGCGCGCCAAAUGUCGACCUUUGGGACUGCUUGUCCAUCUAGAUGUCUUUCUGUUUCCGUUGUAUCUUUUUACUCUCAAUCCUUGUUGGGAGCCGAUAAACAACUGGUUAUUUAUAAAGUACUUCGAUUUUUACAUUUGGACGAUUUCUUUUGCUAAGUACCCGCCGUAACUUACUUCCCAGUUAAAAUAAUCUGCUAUUCUGCCGCAAGAACUUUGGUAUCUGCGUCACUUGCCCCGGAGACAACAGCUUAUAACCUCCUGAAGCCGUCGCUGUGUUCCAUCUGCUCUGCUCCCCAAAACCCAGUCUCUUGUAGGUUAAACAAAGUCCUAUGCCCUCAUAUUUCAUUAGGAUAGGGUCUUUGCCCUCGAUCCAGUCACCUCGCUCCAUAAGAGAACGUCUGGUAAUGGAGAACGGGGAGUGCAUGUCGAACUCCUCCAACCCGAGCUGGUACCCAAUGGUGGCUUCCGCAUACUAG